AUGGAUAAAAAGAAACUGGACUACUUCUACGACCUCCUAAAUUCUACCAUCUUAUGUCACCAGAAUACAAUCACUGGAUUGAUUCCUUCCUGUCCAAGUAGUUCUCAUGCGUGGGUGCGUGACAACACCUAUGCAUCAUUAUCAAUUUGGGGACUUGCACUCGCCUAUCGCAAGCUGCCGGAUGUUGACGAAGACCGGUCACGCAGCUACGAGCUGGAAAAGUGUGUGAUCAAGUUGAUGAGAGGGAUUUUGGUUUGCUACAUGAAGCAAGCAGACAAAGUGGAAACACUCAAGAAGUUUGAAGAUCCCAAGCACUCUCUGCAUGCGAAGUUUGAUGCCAACACAUGCAAAACUGUCGUUGGUGACAAUGAAUGGGGCCAUCUUCAGAUUGAUGCUGUGUCAGUCUAUCUCCUGACACUCGCUCAAAUGACUGCAUCAGGGAUUCGCAUCAUAUGGACUACUGAGGAGGUCGCCUUCAUACAAAACCUGGUGUUUUACAUUGAACAUGCCUAUCGAAUACCGGAUUAUGGUAUUUGGGAGAGAGGCGAUAAAACAAAUCAUGGUUUGCCAGAAUUGAAUACUACAUCCGUUGGAAUGGCCAAGGCUGCAUUGGAGGCUAUGACCGAUCUUGAUUUGUUUGGUGCUGAUGGUAGUCCUCUAUCCACAAUUCAUGUUUUCCCCGACGAGACGCAACAAUGCAACACGGUUCUGGAAAGUGUUCUACCUCGCGAAUCCAACUCAAAAGAGACGGAUGCCGGUCUGCUCUGUAUCAUAACCUACCCUGGCUUCGCCAUCACGGAUGAACAGCUGAGUAAGCAGACGCGUGACACGAUAGUUCAGAAGCUUCUUGGCAGAUAUGGCUGUCGUCGGUUUAUUCGUGAUGGAUUCCGCACUGCCCGUGAAGAUCCAAAUCGCCAGUACUACGAACCUUGGGAACUACGUAUGUUUGAGGGCAUCGAAUGUGAGUGGCCAAUGUUCCUUGCCUGGCUGUUGCUUGACGCUGCUUUUCGCGAAGAUUACGACGAUGGUGAUCGGUAUCUCCAAAUGCUCCAGGACGUGGUGGUGCGAGAGUCUUCUGUCGCUUGUGAGGGUUUCAACGCAUGGGAGAAACCAAUGUGUCGUCGGACCAGUGAGGCAACCUCCUUGAGCAACACCAUGACUAAUGUGCUGAUGCCAGAGACGUAUGCCGUCCCAGUCGAUCGGAUCGACGCUGAAUUGGCCAAUCCACACUCACAGGACCGAGACGUCAAAGGAGCACUACCACAUAUAUGGGGACAGUCGUUGUAUAUCCUGGCACAUAUUAUUUACGAAGGCCUCCUGUUACCCGGUGAGAUUGAUCCGCUGGGCCGACGUUUGUUAACGCAGCCCAAACCGGAUCUAUCGGUUCAAGUGGUUCUGGUUGCUGAAGAUGACUCCAUGAAAUGCACCUUGCUUGACCAUCUAAUCGAUGCGCAAACGUUUGCGGAAAUUUACAAUGAGGCGGGAAUUCAUAUUUACCCGGCCAAGGUGCUCAGUCAACUGUACAAGCAGUUGGGUGUUUGCGAUAAACUCGUUCUUGGUGGGCGGUCUAACAAAGAAGUUGGAACCUUGUCAACAAGCCAGUUUUACCGAUUAACCGACCAAACUGUGGCUUUCAUACCCCAGAUUUUUGAUCACCAUGCCUUCUACCUGAAUCUGGACAUCAACUUCAUUUUGGAUUGUUUCCGCACUUGCGUUGCCUUCCUGAAACGGGCAUGGACAAGUCCGGGUCGACCGCUUCUCAUUUUCCCCAUCUAUCACCGAUUCUUCCGCUCGACUCACUCCAAACAGAUGCCUCCGACACUUCUUGCCACCAUCAAGAAAAUGGCCACUGGUUACCUUAAUGGUACAAAAGUCAUCCUUGGUUCGCUCAAAACCUUUGAAGAAACGUCAAGUUUGAAGCAGUUGAAUUUCUUAGGCUCAACAGACUCGAUAUUUCAGCCGAGUGAUCUGAGCUCAUCUUCGCCCCAACGGCGCCGGUUAACAGCGACCAGUCGACUGGAGGGAUUCGACCGCGCCCUUUUGGAAGAAGGGACGGGAAAUCUGAGCCCAACUUCUGGCUCAUCUGCUGGUAUGAACUAUGACCAGGACAGCUUUCAGCGGUUUAGCAUGCGGCGAAAGUCAAUGGCUCUGGCACGUGCUGUUAAUUUGGAUCUGAUUAACCGUGAAAGAGACGACUUUAUUCCCGACGACGUCACCCAGGAUCUCAGUUGGGCCGACACUGAGGUGGAAUCUUUAAUCGAAAGUGGAGGGUCUCACUUCCUCCGACAGAAGACAGAGACCGAAGAUUUAACAUGUAGUGCAUCCAGACUAGCCUUAAAACGGAUGCUCAACCCAGAACCCAAUACCCGGGAACAGCAAUCCGUGCAACAGUCUUCCCAAACUUCCGCCCACUUAUCGCCCACCCAUGCGUCAUCACGCUCUCUCUCGAUUAACUCACCUGGUGAAAUCGUUACUCCACGUACCCUAUCCGCUGAACACAGUCGUCGUACUUCGGAGGUUAGUGGCUCCUCGCCAGAUUGGCUGGUUUCUCUCACACCCGAACAGCUUGCCGAACGCCUGACGCAUACGUACAACUUGGCUGAGCAAGUAGAAAUCCUAGGGCGCUUGCGACAACUGCGUGGUUUGGACUGGGACACUGGAAUCGAUCCGACUCAGGCGGCCACCGUGAGAAUGCUACUCAAAGAGGCUUAUGAACGCGCGAGUCAGUUGACCUCUUGGUUUUUGCUUCGCUACACUGCUGGCCUACUGGGCAAACGAGCCAGCACCUUAGCAAAAUCGUUGACAGAUAUUUUAGUGCGCCAAAAGCAAGUCACCAUCGGCCUACCACCUGAGCCCAGAGAAAUCAUUAUCGACGCACCCCUACCACCAGAUCAACUCGCCGAAUUGAUUCAAAAAGCGUGUGGUGAAGACGCAUUGAUGAAUGUGCUUACCCAGGAGCUGCUUACCUACUUAUCCAUGGUAGCUCGAACGAAACCGCAACUUCUGAAUAACAUUUCGCGUCUAAGAAUAGGUUUAAUCAUUCAAAUGAUGGCUGCGGAACUCGCUCGAACCAUGUGCGUUAGUGCAGAGGAUUCGCUGUAUGGGCUUUUCUGCAUGAGCCCGUUCGACACCAAGCGUUUGUUACUCAAUUUGCUCAGUGGAGAGGAAAUUCGCAUGGUAAAAACUGUCCGGAAUGUGCGGCGAAAAUCCACCAUGAAGACUUCUGGUAAUGCACCUGUCGAUCAAAUGAAGGCGGCGCAGGCACUAGCUGCCCGUCGAAUGUCCGUCAACCCCCGAACUCUGUUGGCCGCAGUCCCUUCCCUAACGCGAGUCUCAACCAUUGAGGAGACGCGCGAAAUUCGUGGCACUGAAAUGCGGAACCUAUGGAGUCGAAGGAGGAAGAUUGAUGGGGCUUUAAAUCGUGUUCCACCUGGCUUCUACGAACGUGUUUACGUCGUUCUGAGUCGCGUGGAAAGUUUGAUAAUAGGUGGUCAUGUGCUCUGCAACAGCCUCACGCGUGAAAUGACUAUGGGAGAACACAAGUUCGCUCUGGCUGUUGAACGAGUCAGUACCAUGGUAUCGACUCCGGAAUUCCGCCAGCUAUUGAUCGAAGCUACACAUGUGCUUGGCACUUUAAUGAUGCAUGACAUAAAGAAACGAGUGCAACUAGACUGUGCCAUCAAAAUAGACGAGAUCGUCGACGUUGCCAAUGCCCUGUUUCUACUCGACCAGGUCAAGUAUGACGCAAAUGCGACAUUAUGUUGUGCCAAAGUAUUGAAAGAACAAAAUAUCACAGAGGUCAGCAAAGCUCUUGCCGCUCGCCAACCUGGCCCAUUGGCUUGCCACGGACUACACAACGUAUGUCAACACUUUUAUAACACACCUCCAGCUGGUCGCUUCGGAACCAUGUCCUACAUGGUAAGGGCGGUGGCAUAUCUUUUGCAGUCAGUAGGGCCUCUUCGGGAGGACGGGUUGCUAUCUGUCGACUGCAGUGUCCAAUGAUCAUUACCUAAUGCCCCACCAUAACCCCAUAACUUUCGUAAUCCUUUCUAAUUUUAAGUUUGCCUUUGCUUCUGAUCAUCGAUUUCCGCCCCCAUUCCUCCAUUCUCUUCGAAUUUCCUGUCCAGGUAUCUAGUAACCUGUAGACCCACCGUCAACUAUCUAUUCGGCCCUUUUUAUAACCAGUAUUUUACCCGUCAAAUGUCUCCCGCUCAGUCCUCGCUUGUCUAGUCCAAACCUGUUAAACCGCUCAGUUCAGUCCCGAUGGUGCACCCCUUUAUAUGGAACUCAAACAGAAACUGAUUUUCCUGUUGCACUGUUCAUUUUGAUUCCCGGCGGGUUUAAGAUACCAACAGUCUGG